AUGAAGGCAUCAAUGAUAAUCCUGGCUUUGACCAUCAUCGCCUGCGCCGUCAUCUCCACUGAUGCGGCUUGUCCCAAGUCCAAGUUCUUCAAAGGUACCUGCAACGCCCUCACCCAGGACUGCCAGUUCCACUGCACCAAACUCGAAAGAGCUAAGAGUGGCCAAUGUGAAAUAGACAUAAAUUGGUUAACUCCCGAAGUGAGCACACGAUUUGGAUUUAAACUGUAA